GCGUUGACUUCGCUGUGUGGCCUCGUGUUCGCAUGUGGGCAAGCCCCACAGGCCGUGCUCCCUGCUCUAUCGCACCAGGAGGUGUCCUUGGCGGCCCUUCGCCGGGCAGUCCGACUCUGGCGGAGUGAGACGCCACCCGAAACUCUGGAGGAGGCUCGGCGUCUCUGGGGCCCAGAGCGUGUGGAGGCGAUCCUGCGCUGCUGGCUGGCACAGUUCCGGACGCUCUUCGGCCCGCCUGUGGGCCUGCUUGCUGAGGAGUGGGAGACAGCUGCGACGCCUCACAGGCUACCUUUGUGA